AUGCCGGACAACAAUGGCAUACACGAUUUAUUCGAUAUGACAAAUAUCACAAUGGUGUACCGGGAGGGACGUGUUUACAUCAGCGGAAAUAGCGCCUGCAAAUGGGAGGGUGUGGAACCAACUGAUCGGAUUACUAGCAGGGGAGAAUUGUUAAAAUUCCAACAAGGUGACUGGCAGCCUACGCCAAUCUCAGCAUCCACCGAUGACUUUUGUGCCAUACAGUUUGUCCCCACCUCGCUGACAUAUCCGGUGUGGGGUCGUCACAUAAAUCGAGAGGAUCGCAAAUGUGUCAAUAAUUUUGGUGUAAGUUAG